CAAAGGAGAGGAGCAGGCAGGUGGAUAUCGGUCCACAAGAGAAGAGAGAGAUGGGGAAUUGCGGAAGGAAUGGGCCUGUGAGACAGUACAUUAGAUCGAAGGUCCCCCGCCUGAAAUGGACGCCGGAGCUCCACCUCUCCUUCCUCCAUGCCGUCAAAAGGCUCGGAGGCCAUGACAAGGCGACACCGAAGCUUGUUCUCCAGUUGAUGGAUGUCGAAGGACUCGCUAUUUCUCAUGUCAAGAGUCACCUCCAGAUGUAUAGAAGCAUGAGGAACGACAUCGAGAAAAAAGAUUUGAAUGAAAAAAAGCGCUCAAAUAAAGGCAUUAAUGAUGGAGGUCCUGAUGAAGCAGAUGGGGGUGUCUCUUUCUACGCCUCAACCACCGCAAAGGAGUUCAAGUCCCAGUUCGUGUACUCUCCUCCCUCUCCUCUUCCUCUGAAAAGGAGCAGCUCCAAAAGUGGUGAAUGCAGAGAUCAAAUCUGUGAGCGUGAGGUGGCAGCUGGAGUCACCUCACAGCAAGGAUUGCUGGGGGGAAUAAAGGGAGAUGGAAUUGCAGGUCUAAGCUGGCUAAGAGAUUGUGAUGAGUGGAGUCAGAGAAAGGACUUGGCCAUGACAGAAGCGGAUCGCUAUCAUCCUUCCAACUUCAAAGUUUUUGGGCUUGUGCCACAAGAAUCCGAACCUUUUAAGGCCACCCUAUCGCAUGCACCUGCAGAGAGGACAGUGGCCAAGGAUAGUGAUCAUGAAUUAGAGAUGAACAACUGCUCUUUGUCUCUCUCCUUGUCGUUGCAUCCAUCUCACUCUCAGAAGGAGGAUUUAAAGAUCUCCAGCGAAGGAAGCUGUGGAAUGAUCUCUUCUUCAGACAGAAAUAAUGUCAGUAAUGGUCAUUGCAACUGCAGGUGCAUGCAGAGACUAAAUUUGGAGCUCUCCAUGUCCAUCUUUGGAUCUUAAACUAUAUGGCUUGCUCGCAUCUUUUCCAUG